UCGUCGCUGUCCGAUGAAAAACACGUAUCUCCAGUUUUUGCGUUUUUUACUUUUUUUCAUGUGUUGAAUGUGGGAAUGCAUCUCUACCUAUCCAUACAAGUGAAGAUGAAAAUGACCAAUCAAAAGUCUGAAAAAUCGCUCAUCUGUUUUCCGCGUAUCUCCAUUGGCUGCUAGACCUGUCUGUCAAACCGCGUAUCUCCUCCUCCCAACCCCCGCCACCUCUCUCUGUGGACGUGAAGAAAGUUGUUCUCCGGCAGCGUAGCUCAAACACUCAAGGUAAGAAUUAAACUGUAUCCGUUUUAACUAGUCGCUAACACGUGUAAAUAUGUGUCACAGUUCUAUGUUACUUCAUUUGAGCAGUGUUUAUUACAGAUUUUCGUUCGUAAUAAGGUUAACUUGCUUAAAGGCUAGUCAGCUAAGUUAACUAGCUAGCUAGCUAGUUGUCUAAAACACACAUUAGCUAGCUAGCUAACUAGUUAACCGAGGGUCAGGCAGUUAACGUUAUGUUUUGUGUGAAAUCUGUCUCUUUCAGACCAGAAAUGUCUCUCUCAUUGAAAGAGCUAUGUGCACUGGUAAAUGUACCGUAUGAUAGGACACUGGAGGAAAAGGUGUUUAGUGAGGAAGAUGAGGAAGACGAGGAAGAGGAUGCACUUUGCCCCAGAAAUAUCUCUGGACAAGAACAGGCCACUGAGGAUGUGCAAGAUCAGGUGGAACAUAAUGAAUCCGAAAAAGACGAUGCACAUUGUUCAAGAAAUAUCUCUGGACAAGAGGAUGCUGCUGAUGGACAAGAUCAAAUGGCACACAAUGGAUCUGAACUAGUGGAGGGCAAUAAAGAAAAUGAUGUAGCUGAGGAGGCUUUAGGUGGAGAGUCUCGCAUGGGAAGACCAAAAAGGCGGACAAACACAGAGACCUGGAAAGUCAACACUCAGAAAAGGAGAAGAAUGAUGGGUCAGUCAUAUCUUGGAAGAAGGCAAAAUGAGGAAGUGACGAGGGAAGAAAGAAAAAUGGGUAGGCCAUGCCAGUCUGUAUUUUGUAGGAAAUCGAAAAAGCUGCACUGUGAAGCAAUACAGGAAGCGGACAGGGAGGCAAUUUUUAAAUACUUCUGGGAAAAAUUAGACUGGAGGGAGAGGAAAAUUUAUGUUGUGUCACUGGUAGAUGUAGGCCCUGUGAGAAGACGACGGACAGGAGAAGAACAGUCAAGGAGGUCAGCAUCCAUUCUGUGUCACCUUAAAGUGGAUGGCAAAAGGACCAGGGUAUGUCAGAGCAUGUUUCUUUCAACACUAGGGAUCAAGCAGUGGUGCUUUCUAAGUUGGGUUGGCCGAAGAGAGCCUGAAAAGAUAAAGAAAACCAGCAUCAGGAAUGAAGAGGUUGAGUUCCUUCAGCAGUUUCUAAAGGACCUUCCUAAGGUUCCAUCUCAUUACUGCAGAUCUUCCUCUACAAAAAUGUACUUGGAACCUCUUUUUAAAUCCAUCAGUCAUCUUCAUUCUGAAUACACCCAUGCUUGUGCAGAAAAUAAUGUCCAGUCUCUUUCAAGACAAGUAUUCAGUAGCAUUUUUAACCAAUUAAAUCUCUCGCUGUUUCACCCCAAGAAAGAUCAGUGCAAUACGUGCUGUUCAUAUAAAGUUGGAAACAUAGAUGCUGGCACAUGGGAAGAACAUUGCAGGAAGAAGGAGUCAGCAAGAGUGAGCAAGCAGGAAGAUAAAAACAAUGCAACUGAGAAAACAAUGGUGGUGUGUAUGGAUCUGCAGGGUUUACUUCUUUGCCCCAAACUUCAAGCCUCAGCACUCUACUAUAAAACCAAGCUUGGUGUCCACAACUUCACAAUGUACAACAUGGCAACCCAUGAUGCUACUAAUUAUUUGUGGCAUGAAGGGGAAGGUGGACUCACAGCUAAUGAAUUUGCUUCAUGUAUCAUCCACUUCCUUGAGGAACACAGCAUGCAUGAUGAAUACAUCUUAUGGAGUGAUGGAUGCAGCUAUCAAAAUCGCAACAUAGUUUUAAGCAAUGCUCUGCUGAAGUUUGCAACUGAGAAGCAAAAGGUCGUUACCCAGAAGUACUUGGAAAAAGGGCAUACACAAAUGGAAUGCGACUCCGUGCACAGCGUGAUAGAGAGAAGACUGAGAGACAGAGACAUCCAUGUUCCAGCCGAGUAUGCCACGGUGAUCAGAGCAGCACGGUCCAAUCCCAGGCCAUACAAUGUGCAAUAUGUCAACCACAGUUUCUUCCAGGACUACAGCAAGCUGAAGCUUUGUAAGUCCAUCCGUCCUGGCAAAAACCCUGGAGAAUCAACUGUGUUUGACCUCCGGGCUAUCAGGUACAACGUGGAUGGUACCAUGGACUACAAAACUGUCCAUGCAGAUGACUGGACACCUUACCUCUCACCCACUCUUAGGAAGAGGAACAGUGACACCACAGUGCUGCCACUGUACACAUCCAGCCUGAGAAUCAAGGCGCUGAAAUACAAGCACCUCCAAGAACUUAAGAAUUUCAUUCCCAAGGACUUUCAUGGAUUUUAUGAUUCACUUAACUAUGAGUGAUAUGCAUCACCAGUCUGCAGGUUCACUGUUUAAUGUGGAGUUGGCUCACGUGUGUACAUAAAAAAAAAAAAAAGCCACAGACCAUUUUCUUGAGUCUGACUGUGAGUCUCAAAACAUGAUUUAUGUGUUUUCCUAAUGAUUUCCCACAAGUAAUUCAGAUUUGUAUCCAAUAUCUACAUGGAAUUUAGUUAUUUAUCAAAAAGAGAUAUAACAUUUUAUUAGUAGUUGAUACAGGUUAUUCUAUUGAAAUGUUUGUUGGUUCGUAUGUUUUUUCUUGUACAUAUCUGAAAUUUAUAUGAGGUUUUUAUUAAAUGAUUGACGUUUCCUCGUACAGUAAAUAAUAACUUGAUUUAUAAAUUACAUUGUCUGUAACUUUUAAAUUUGUAUUAGUUGAAAGGUAUCUAAGUGACAUAGUAAAACAUUUCUUAAUAAAUCUAUAAAUAUC